AUAGUCUGCUCCCCCUCUUAAAGAUGUGCCCAGUGUUUGGAGCAGCGAAGAACGGCAGCCAACUCGUCGGUGACAGUGGCAACAUUUCUUUCGACAGUCACCUGAUGAACAAUUGUCUAUAGAUUUUUCUGCAUCAACUAGAAAGCUUUUAGACCACGUGAGCGGAAUGUGUAAUGACAGUGUCCCGACACAGCACGGACGGCUGUGCUCUGCCUGGCAUUCAAGCAUACUUACAUGGAGAUAGCACGCACCACCGCCGAAAUUUUCUAGGAAUGGAUGUAUGUGGACAGACCUGAAUGUAACCACUUCUCCCGUUAACUUCUUCUCUUUCUUUUUUCUUUACCCAUUAUUUCUGUUUCGACUACAUCCCCAUGGCUUGGCCGUGCAUCAGUAGAGUGUGCUGUUUGGCUCGGUUCUGGAACCAGUUUGAUAAAUCUGAUCUCUCCGUUCCGCUAACGAUCCAUAACUAUUCUGACAUCGCAGACCAAGAGGUGCGGUCUGUUACUAAACAGGUACUGACUGACAGGGCUCCGAGAAAUGACUAUGUGACAUCGGAUCACAGAGAUUCUCCCACGGCACCGGAUGGUGGGAACCGGAGAUCGUAUCGUGGACGCACGGACACGAGCUUCAAACCCCGAGAGGAUUACCAACCUCCCUGUGUACCUUUUCAGAGUACCACUCAGUACAAGCAGGAUUAUAAACCCUGGCCCAUCCCGAAAAAGGAUAAUUUCCCAUGGAUUAGCAACGGGGGUAAGGGGGGCACCCUUACGGAGAGCCCCAUUAACAGUCACUCCCACACAAACCACCCAAGAGUGGAGAGAGAGGAGCGGAACAGGCAGAAAUGGGGCGAACCAACCGUGGGAACAACUAAGACCAGCUCGUACAGGCAGGAGUACCGUCCGUGGACCGGGGCACGUCCAUCCAGGCCAGCCCAGAAGAGGCCCACCUGUUUGAGCCCCGAGUCGAACAGCCCUGAGCCCCAUCAUGCUACCAGCUACCAGGCGGCCUUUAGUGGAGGGGAGACCCAGAGGCAGACAGACAGCCCCCAGCUGGACCAUCCAGGCACCCAGCCCAGCAGCGGCCUCAGCCUGCAGGAGAAGCCUGACAUCCAGACGGCCAGCCGGGCAGAGAGUGGCUCCCGCAUCUUCAACAUAUGACCGUGUGCUCCAGACAGACUCCCUCCACACCUACAGACGGACGCAGAGAGGCUGAAGCAGGGACAGACCCCUCCUGAUCCGCAUGUUCCCCAUGUCUCCCCUGCUCUUUGCACACCUGACUGGACUGAUCAGUGACCAGUGGCACUCCUGAUUUGAUGAAUACACAUGAUAUUGCUCAUUUGAAAAAAAAAGUGCAACUACACUUGAUUUGAUGAAUACAUCAGAUUUAGCUAAUCAAAGGCAUUGCAACCACACUCACUGGCUCAGUCAGGUGUGCCUGGAGCAGGGAUAGGGAGCAGAUUUUAAGUGAAGGGGAGGAUGGGAGAAUCCAGGAGCUGGUUUGAGAACACCCUGGGCGAGAGGAAUUCACUCCAUCAGUUCCACAUGAUGUGAAAUCUAUGCAAAGGAGGGGGCGGGUGUUUGGUUUUUGGAAACUGACGGGCGAAAGAUGGUAUGAGUGUGAUGAAGACAGUGAAGGAGGAUGAGUGUGGGAGAGCAGUCAUGGAAACACACACACACACACAGUUUUGAAAGGAGAUACACACACACACACACACACACACACACACACACACACACACACACACACACACACACACACACACAAUAAAACCCUCUCAACAAUUCCCUGCUUUUACUGUCCCAAUCCCUGGGGAAAUCAAAUAUGCAUGUUGCGAAUAUAGUUUAAAAAAGCAUCUCUGCAGUGUUAGAACACUGAUAGACAACAUGGCUGCUCUGUAAUAUGUCGUGAGUGUGUUUGUGUGCUUGUUAAGAUGGAAUGACUUUAUUUUAAUGAACUUUUUUUGUUGUACAUACUGUCCCAGUGGAUUCUCAAAGGAUGUUUGUAAAUGUAUGCUUAAAAACAUAUUGAUGCCCCCCCCCCCUGUGUUAUGCUGUGCUGUCUGCAAGAUUUGUAUUACCAGCAAAAGCUGCUUGGGAAUAUUUAUUUAUUUUCUUUUUUUUAUUCCACCUGGAAACUCUUUUCUGAAGUCUCUGACCAGUGUUUAGAUUUUAUUUUGUAGUUAAUUUGUUGUUGGUCAAAAGGGAGAUUAAAAAGCUAAUAUUAAAUAUGUUAAAAUAAAUA